AUGCUGUUUACAGAAAACGCUUACCAUCAUUCAAAAACCAUCAAUCUAAAUUCAAAAACCCAUGCUGCUUUUCGAGAAAGGAGAAGGCAUACUCUUUCACCAGCUCAUUGGCUUCAGGUUGUGAAGAAUGACACGGAGGAGGAAGCACUUGACGAGAAAGUUUGGAUUUCAAAUGAGAUUAGCAAAUAUGUUGAAGUCAUUAGAUCGAUGUUGUGCUCUAUGGAAGAUGGAGAGAUAAGUGUCUCAGCUUAUGAUACUGCUUGGGUAGCUCUCAUACAAGAUGUAAAUGGGAGUGGCACUCCUCAGUUCCCAUCUUCCCUUGAAUGGAUUGCCAACAAUCAGCUCCCAGAUGGUUCAUGGGGUGAUGCUCAUGUAUUUUCAGCAUAUGACAGAUUACUUAGUACAUUAGCUUGUGUGAUUGCUUUGAAAACAUGGAACCUGCAUCCUGACAGAUGUCAUAAAGGAAUGUCAUUUCUGAAACUCAAUUUGUGUAAGCUUCAAGAGGAGAAAGCAGAGCACAUGACUAUCGGCUUCGAAGUUGUUUUCCCAUCACAGCUUGAGAUGGCUCGAAAAUUAGACAUUGAAGUUCCUGAUGAUCUUGGGAUCCUGCAGGAUAUUUAUGCCAGCAGAAAUCUAAAGCUUACCAGGAUUCCAAAGGACAUGAUUCACAACGAGCCCACAACACUACUGUUUAGCUUGGAAGGGUUGCUGAACCUGGACUGGGAAAAGAUUCUAAAAUUGAAAUGCCAAGAGGGAUCCUUCUUUUCCUCUCCAUCCUCCACUGCCUUUGCAUUCAUGCAGACUAAAGAUGAAAACUGCUUGAGAUAUUUGACUAAGACAGUCCAAAGAUUCAAAGGGGCAGUCCCAAAUGUCUUCCCACUUGACUUUUUCGAGCCCAACUGGGCUGUGGACCGCCUGCAGCGACUAGGAAUCUCUAGAUAUUUCGAGGCAGAAAGCAAACAAUGUGUUGAUUAUGUCUAUAGACAUUGGAAAGAUAGUGGCAUCGGCUCUGGAAGUAAUUUUUUCGGUGUUCCUAAUAUCGACGACACAUCUAUGGGAUUCAGGAUACUUAGAUUGAAUGGCUACCAGGUUUCCGCUGAUGUGUUCGAGUAUUUUGAGAAAGGUGGUGAAUUCUUCUGCUUUCCGGGAAAGUCGAAAGAGUCUGUUACUGCUAUGUUCAACCUGUAUAGGGCUUCUCAGAUUCAGUUUCUGGGAGAGAAUAUCCUUGAGAAUGCCAAGGAAUUUUCAUCCAAAUUCUUAAGAGAAAAACAGGCUGCCAACGAACUCCUGGAUAAAUGGAUUAUAAGCAAAGACUUGCCUGGAGAGGUGGGAUUUGCAUUGGAGGUUCCAUGGUAUGCAAGCUUGCCUAGAGUGGAAGCGAGGUUCUACAUAGAACAGUAUGGCGGCGAAAACGACAUAUGGAUUGGCAAAACUCUGUACAGGAUGCCAAAUGUAAACAACAAUUUGUAUUUGUAUCUUGCAAAACUAGACUACAACAAUUGCCAAGCUUUGCAUUGUAUUGAAUGGGAAAAUUUUCAAAAAUGGUAUGAAGAAUGUAAUCUAAGAGAUUUUGGGAUAAGCAAAAGAAACCUCCUCUUUGCUUAUUUUCUUGCCGCAGCUAAUUUAUUCGAGCCAGAAAGGUCCAAAGAGCGAUUAGCAUGUGCAAAAACCUCAAUCUUGCUUGAAACUAUUGGGUCAUUUUUUGAUGCAGAAAACAAUUCCUGCCAGCAGAGAAGAGCUUUCGUCAAUGAAUUCAAAAACGGUAUUGGUGAAAAUGGAAGGGAAAAAACAACACACGAACUUGUUAGCUUGUUGCUUGGAACUAUAAAUCAUCUGUCUCUUGAUGCAUUGACAACUCAUGGUCGAGAUGCUAGAGAUAGUUUACAUCAAGCUUGGGAAAAGUGGCUGCUGAAGUGGGAAACGGAAGGAGAUAGGCAUCAAGGAGAAGCAGAACUACUGGUUCAAACAAUGAUUCUCACAGCUGGUUGUUGGGUCUCCCCGAAGCAUAAUCUUCAAUUUGAGCAACUCUGCAACCUCACCAACCGAUUAUCCUAUCAACUUCGGCAUUACCAGAAGCAUAAGGCACAGGAAAAAGGUAGGGACAGCACCACCUGCGAGAGAAUCAUGAUCGCAGAAAUAGAGUCUGGCAUGCAAGAACUGGUGCAGUUAGUACUCCAAAAUUCUGGAGAUGGGAUGGACUCCAAUAUCAAGCAAAGAUUUCUUGCGGUUGCGAAGAGUUUUUACUACACUGCGUUCUGCACUUCUCAGACAAUUAACUACCACAUUACUAAAGUACUUUUCGAAAGGGUUUAA